UGGCCGCAGUGGCCGAAGAAGGGGUGCGCGGAGCGUCACGGCGCCUUUCAACAUGGCACCGGUCUGCGUCUGAAUUGCCACGAAGUAUGAGCGAACUUUGCCGGAAAUGCACCAGUGCCGGGUAGAUCGUUCAUAGGAAAUGUUACUUGGUGUCUCAGCGAGUGCGUGAGUGCGUCGAUAAUCGUCGUGUUCAAAGAGCAAUCUUGCGGAGGAAGAGGAGCGAGAAAGAGAUCACGCAGCAUGUCGUGGGAUCGCAAGGGGCAGGGACGGCAAGCCAAUCCGGUAGCGGUCAUCCUACCCCGUGUCGAGUGACAAGCUGCUUACGUAACGGAUUUAUAUUCUCGCUAUGAUAACGACACUCCAGGCGCGAAAGUCGCGACACGCCGAGAGGAAGCAGCGGACGCUCAUCAUCGUCGCCGUCGUUGACGCGACGGCGCAACACGCGACCCCGACAGAAAUAUACCGACCCGAAUCUCGCUGCCGCCGUUUCUGAUACCCCGAACGAACGCAGAGCGUCGAGACGCCCGUCCCGUUACCUCCGCCGCGCCGCGGAAACACCUGAUCGGCGACCGAGUGCAAAUUAUGACAGCGGCAGUCGUCAUGGAAAACGUUAACUGGGAUCCCGCAUUGUCCAAGCUGCUAAACUCAUUACAAGAAAACAAGUCGGAUAUACCCAGCUGCACUGAAGAAGAAUUUGGUUUUCUAAGCGAACUUCUGCAGUCCAAGGAACUGAACGCUUUAGUUAACGUUCACAACAAGAUUCUGAGCAAUGUUAAGGACGAUAAGUUUUUUCCCGUUCUCUCGAACUCGAUGGAUAUCGACGUCGAAGUUCUCGAUCUGCUGUCUACCAAAACGCACAUCUCAGCCGAGUGCAAAGAACUUUUUCAUCUACUGCAAAAACCGCACAUACAGGGUCUUCUCUGCGCUCACGAUGCGGUGGCACAAAAGGACUACUAUCCGAGACUGCCGGACAUCCCGUUGGAAGUAGACGAGGACGAGGAGACGGUGAAGAUCGUCCAGUUGGUGAAGUCAAACGAGCCCCUGGGCGACGCCGGCGUUGAACCGAUCGUGGGGGCGACCAUAAAAACCUGCGAGGUUACCGGCAAGAUCGUGAUCGCGCGAAUAAUGCACGGCGGAGCAGCCGACAGAUCCGGCCUCAUCCACGUCGGCGAUGAAGUCUGCGAAGUCAACGGUAUCAGCGUGGAGGGAAAGACGCCUAGCUUCGUUUUACACAUUCUGCAAAAUUCAGAAGGGACAAUCACUUUCAAAAUAGUGCCCGCGGACAGCAAAAGCGGAGUCAGAGAGAGCAAGGUUCGCGUGAGAGCGCACUUUACGUACGUGGCGUCCGAGGAUCCUUAUAUUCCUUGCAAGGAAGCUGGAUUGGACUUCGUCAAAGGUGAUGUCCUACACAUCGUCAGCCAAGACGACGCUUACUGGUGGCAAGCCAGACGAGAGGGCGAUCGAAACAUGAGAGCGGGCUUGAUCCCAAGCAGAGCUCUUCAAGAACGUAGGCUCCUUUUUGAAAGAAUGCAGAAGGAGAAGAACGUGCCGCAAGACGAAGAUAUUUUAAGCUUGUGUUCUGUUCCAGUGCCUUUGCCCGCAUUGUGCCCCCGUCCCAGUACCUCUUUGCACGCUUCGCCCACAAAGUGCAACUUGCAGGGAAUUAAAACUAAAAAAAUCAUGUAUGACGCUGCAGAGAACGAUGACUUUGACCGGGAAGAAGUACCGACCUACGAAGAGGUCGCGAAACUCUACCCUAGGCCGGGUCUGUACCGGCCGGUGGUUCUCAUCGGACCACCGGGGGUCGGCAGGAACGAGCUGAAGAGACGUCUCAUGGCGACCGAUACCGAAAAGUACCGAACUCCCGUACCAUACACGUCUAGACCACCACGACCGGGUGAAGUAGAUGGCAAGGAGUACCAUUUCGUGACGCGGGAGAAAAUGGAAGAGGACAUCGAAGCCGGAAAAUUCAUCGAGCACGGCGAAUACAAGGGAAAUCUGUACGGCACCAGCUCGGAGAGCGUCAGCUCGCUCGUGAACGCCGGAUACGUGUGCCUCCUUAAUCCUCACUAUCAGGCUCUCAAGAUGUUGAGGACGCCUCAAUUGAGGCCGUAUGUUAUUUACAUAAAACCGCCGAAAUUCGAAGUGCUGAAGGAGACUAGAAAUGAGGCCAGAGCGAGAUCGACCUUCGAUGAAAACAAUUCUCGAGGCUUCACGGACGAAGAGUUCCACGAGAUUUUGCACAGCGCUGAGAGAAUAGAAUUUCUGUAUUCUCAUCUCUUCGACGAGGUGAUAGUGAACGCUGAUCUCCCUAUGGCAUUUGAGCUACUAGUUAAUGCGAUUCACCGAGUGGAAUCGGAACCGCUUUGGGUGCCGGCUUCGUGGGUUCAAUAGAAUAAUAAUCCUCGUAAAAAAAACUCAAGAGACGAAGCAGUCGCGAAGAAAAUGCAGAGGAGGAUGUUCGGUCACUGGAGACGCGCGAUUGCUCGUCGUGGCUAUAAAACUAAGAGCUCGACGAUAUACUUUUUAUUUUUACUUCCGAUUCCUAAAGAAUGCGCGUGUGUAUUUCUUAUCUAUUAUCCCACCGAAUUGCAAUUUAACACUUAUACUAUUAUACGGCGCCUUUACGUAGAAUUUUCGUACCUCGAGUGUCCGCGAGUCUCAAAGACGAAUUAAAACUAAAUUUUCUAAUUGUCAAACGUCGUUCGUUUGCGAUUGUUUGACUCGUGACAAAAAACAAAACAAAAACAAAAAAAAAUGCGACGCGCGUUUGGAAACGUAGUCGCCAUAGGUUAAGUAGCCAAGUAUGAAACGUUAAAGAAAUUUCGAAAAGAUAUAGGUAUAUCAAAGAUUCGAAGUCGUCCAAGUCUCACAAUCUAUGUUUUCCGAGUACCUACGUCUCCGAUGUCUCUUACAUAGAAAAAUUACUCGUAAAAACUCCUUUCUCUGCCGGAAGCUUCGCUAGAUACGAGAGACUUCGUAUCGCAUCAUGAAAAGAUUUUUCUUUGUCACGAUACGAAAUCUCUUUGUAUUCUUAAAAAAAAGAAAAAAAAACUAAUAAAUUCCAAUUUUUGAGACUACGGGAAUAUGUCGCAUAUUUUGGGAUCAAGGAUGAAUGAAGUUACUUAUCGAAAGUUAUUUCGGAAACUUCACCAAAACCGGGAGCGUCGCUACUGUGGACGAUCUUUGAUCUCGAUUGUUGUUAAUUGUUGCCAAAUAAGUAUUGUAUCUAGAAACGCGACAAAAAAUUGCUCCACUAUAUUCACUGUAUUUUCCACUCGGUCGACAUUAUCGUCGUGGUUGCUGUUUUAUUUUCUGUUUUUUUUUUCCAACGCGGGAUGCCAAUUUUUGAAAAAAAAAAAAAAAGUUGUUCGCGCACUAUCCAAGACAACACAAUGCAUAUUUCAUCCUUCGAUGUGAACUCUGUAUGUUAUCAAAAUAUAGCAUUAAACUUUGAACAUGUGUUUA